AGAGAGUGAGAGAGAUUGAGAGAGAGCGAGCGAGCACAGGCUGAUCUCUAUCUAUCUCCCACAGACAUCUUUCUAUGUUGUAAUACACUGAGCAAAGGACGUGCUGGUCGUUGACGGUGGCACAGCAAACCCAUCAUGCGCGCCGUCUUCUGAAAACGUUCAGCGGCGCGAGGGAUGGCUUAGUCGCGUGCGGAGCGCCGAUGCUGCACGAUGAGUGUAGCGCUGCAAGAUUUACGAAAUAACAUGUCUAACUACAAGCGUGCAACGUUUGAGGAGGAGGACGGGACAGACAUCCCUGCUGACGGAGCCAUCUCUCCUGACAGUGUGGAGGUGGGUUUCCGUAAGGGUGGUGUUCAGUUGUUUGGUCCACUGGGCAGGAGGACUCAGUUGGAGGUGGUUUUGGCCAGUCUGCUUCUCGCUUCACUUCUAGCACUGUUUGGCUGUGCGAUCACACUGGGAGUCCGCUAUAACAGAGAUCCAGCACGUAGUAUCUGUCUAACAGAGGCAUGUGUAACCGUGGCCAGUAAGAUCGUGGAAGCUGUGGAUCGCUCCGUAGACCCAUGUCAGGAUUUUUACCAGUACGCCUGCGGAGGAUGGGUCCGCAAAAACCCCCUGCCAGAUGGCCGGUCCCGCUGGAGCACAUUUAACAGCAUCUGGGACCAGAACCAGGCUGUGCUCAAACACCUGCUGGAAAAUGGCACCUUUAACUCAAGCAGUGAGGCAGAGAGAAAGACGCAGUCCUACUAUCUUUCCUGUCUCAAUGAACAACGAAUAGAAGAGCUCGGAGCCCAACCACUCAUCGACUUGAUUGGAAAGAUAGGAGGCUGGAACAUCACAGAGUCCUGGGAUAAAGAUAACUUUCUGGACGUUUUAAAGAUAGUUUCUGGGCCUUACAGAGCUCAGCCCUUCUUCACUGUUGGUGUCAGUGUGGACCCUAAAAACUCCAACAGCAAUGUCAUUCAGGUUGACCAAUCAGGACUCUUCCUCCCAUCCAGAGAUUAUUACCUCAAUAAGACAAAUGAGAAGGUGUUGAAGGCUUACCUGGAUUACAUGGUAGAGUUGGGAUUGUUGUUGGGAGGAGACAAGAAUUCCACCCGAAGUCAGAUGCAGCAAAUUUUGGACUUCGAGACAGCACUGGCUAACAUUACAGUGCCUCAGGACGAACGGCGAGACGAGGAAAAGAUCUACCACAAGAUAACGAUAGCUGAACUCCAGGCGUUGGCUCCAGCAGUUGAAUGGUUGGAUUAUCUGAACUCCGUCCUUUUACCGCUAGAGUUGAACGACACAGAGCCUGUGGUGGUCUACGCCAAAGAAUACAUGCAACAAGUUUCGGACCUUAUCAACAAGACCGACCGCAGUCUUCUGAAUAAUUACAUGAUCUGGAAUCUGGUGCAGAAAGGAGCGUCCAGUCUUGACCAGCGGUUUGAGAAUGCUCAGGAUAAGCUCCUGGAGAGCCUCUAUGGCACGAAGAAGUCCUGUACCCCACGCUGGCAGACGUGUAUUGGGAACACAGAUGACACUCUUGGUUUUGCGUUGGGAGCUCUUUUUGUCAAAGCCACUUUCGACAAACAGAGCAAAGAAAUAGCAGAGGGAAUGAUCAAUGAAAUCCGCACAGCUUUCAAAAGCGCGCUAGAUGAUUUGAACUGGAUGGAUGAACAGACCCGACAAGCUGCCAAGGACAAGGCGGAUGCCAUCUAUGACAUGAUUGGAUUUCCAGACUUCAUUCUGGACUCCAAAGAGCUUGAUGAUGUGUAUGAUGGGUAUGAGGUUACAGAAGACAACUUCUUCCAGAAUAUGAUCAACUUCUAUAACUUCUCAGCACGAGUGAUGGCAGACCAGCUCCGCAAGCCACCAAACCGAGACCAAUGGAGCAUGACUCCACCCACGGUGAACGCUUACUACAUGCCAACCAAGAAUGGGAUCGUCUUCCCCGCUGGCAUCUUACAGGCCCCGUUCUACGCCCAAGAUCACCCCAAAGCUUUAAACUUUGGUGGUAUUGGAGUGGUUAUGGGACACGAGUUAACGCAUGCAUUUGAUGACCAAGGCAGAGAGUAUGACAAAGAUGGAAACCUUCGACCGUGGUGGCAGAACUCCUCUGUGGACGCGUUUAAGAACCGCACUGAGUGUAUGGUGGAUCAGUACACGCAGUACACCAUCAAUGGAGAGCACAUUAAUGGAAAACAGACGCUGGGAGAAAACAUAGCAGACAAUGGUGGUCUGAAAGCUGCCUAUCACGCGUAUAGGUCAUGGGUGAGGAAGAACGGUGAAGAGAAGAGACUCCCAGCUGUCAAUCUGACAAACGACCAGCUCUUCUUCGUAGGUUUUGCACAGGUCUGGUGCUCUGUCCGAACGCCAGAAAGUGCUCACGAGGGCCUGAUGACGGACCCUCACAGCCCACCCAAAUACCGUGUCAUCGGCACCCUGUCCAACUCGCCCGACUUCGCAGAGCACUUCCAGUGUCCGCUGGGCUCUCCCAUGAACUCAGGCCACCGCUGUGAGGUGUGGUAGGACUGGCACCCACAAGACACCAGCUUGCUUACACAGACCAGCCUGGCCCCCUAAAAAACGCUGAACGGACAGUUUUGGCUCUUUCCCAAGCACUGUUUUUUAUUUAUGUGCUAAAGUUAUUUGAGGAGUUGGGCCGAAUGCAAGAGGAUGAGGCGAGCACCUGCCAACAUUGAUCUUCUUCAGUGUUCGAAUCAACCGUUAUCAAAUUUUCCUCUGCCGCCACAUCAGCCCGCAUGGGCUCGCUUUAUUUAUUUGUUCGCUGAACUCGAGGGACGCUUACAUGUGUGUUUCUGUGCUUCAUACCCUGAUUGCUUGUCUUCUGAUUUGGAAGAUAUGACCACUGUGAAGCCACUGGGAAUGUCUCUCCGUGACCUCACAGGAAAUGUUUGGCUCCAUCUGUGAUGACUUCACAGGAAGAUUCACUGAAGAUUCACAGGAAGUGCUGAACGACAUCCGUGACCCCCCACAGGAAGGAAGAAAGCCUAUUUCCCAAUUGUGAUUUCAUAGAAAUGCUAUUAAAUGACAGGGAGAGCUACUGUUUGUUCAUCCCACCUGUGUAUCAUGUUUUGAUCUUGACAAAGUUGAAAUGAAAUGUUCAUUUUAAGCUGCUCUUUGCCAAAGAACAAUUUUAGUUUUGUUCCUUGUGUAAGUGAAAGUGGAAAUUUGCACUGCUUCGACCUUCAGUAAUUCCAUUCCAGUGUAAUUCCAGUGUGUUUGCCUAAAGACAUUUACUUGUAUGUGAACGCUGUUUCCGUGUCAGUGUGUCUGUAAAGGGGCGUCUCCAUGUUGUUUGAACUUUGUCAAGUCUGCUGAAAUGCUCACGUUGCUGAAAAAACCACUAAAUGGGUGAAUCUCACCAAUGUUCAAGUCAUAUUUCACCCCAAAAUCAGUAGAUUAUUAGGAUUAUUUGCAUAAAAAUGUGUAUUUUUAGAGCUAUUUAGACUUUUCACAUGGUUCUCAUGACAAUUUAACACAUUAUUGCUCAAAUUCAUUACAAUUAUACUCUGUAAAUAAUGUUACAGUAAACAAAUACUGUAAUACAAUAACUCUUUUGAAAUCAACAUAAAUUAGAGGUUGUACAAAAAAUAGCACCAAAAUGAACUAUUAUAAAUUAAAUUAUAAUAAUUUAAUUAUUAAUUAUUAUAAAAUUAAAUUAUAUGUAUACACUACCGUUUAAAAGUUUACGUUUUCAUUUAAAUAAAUACAUUUAUGUAGCAAGGAUUCAUUAAAUGGAUCAAAAGUGACAGUAAAGACUUUUUUACAUUGUUACAAAAAAUUCUAUUUCAAAUAAAUGCUGUUAUUUUGAACUUUCUUUUCAUCAAAGCACCGUGAAGAAAAUGUGUCAAACAUUGAUAACAUGAAAUCAGCAUAUUAGAAUGAUUUCUGAAGGAUCAUGUGACACCAAAGUCUGGAGGAAUGAUGUUAAAAAUUCACAGGAAUAAAUUACAUUUUAAAAUAUAUUAAAGAAGAAAAUAGUUCUUAUCAAUUGUAAUAAUAUUUCACAAUAUCACAGAUUUUACUGUAUUUUUGAUUAAAUAAAAGCAGUCUUAGUGAGCAUAAAGAGAUUUAUUUCAAAAACAUUAAAAAAAUCUACCAACCCAUUUUGUUUUACUUAUCAACCCAAUUUUUUAUGGUGAUAAUGACAUUUUUUCAAUUUGCAUUACAAUAAUAAAAUGUGUGACCUAAAUAUAAAAAAAAAAAAAAAAAAAAAAAAAAAAUGCAAGACGUCUUAAUAACAAAGUUGUUUUCUAUCAUGUUUAGUUGAAAUAUGACAUAUUCUUGACAUGUUUCUUGAGAUCUGCUAAACUUCCCAGCAUGCCUAAAGUGUUUCGGAAAGUUGCAUCAGACGUCAUUGUAUGUUUACUCAUUUCAGGUUGGAUUGCUUCUGUGUCCAAUCCCAUCUCCAGCGUUUUUAGUUGCUGUAAAUUGACCCUGCGAGUACAUUUUAAUCUGAAUGUUUGGUCUGUUUGUGCUGUUGGAGUGUUGAUUGGCCAGUUUUUUUUUUUUUUUUUUUUCUUUUCUGAACCUGGCUUUUGCUUUCCUAAAGCAGGCCAGUUGUGUCAUUUAAUGUAUUUUAAAUGCUGUUGACUUCACCUUUUGUUGGUUUUUGUUCAUUUUAAACUACAGUUUAAUUGCACCAUUUUAAAAGCUCAAGCUGUAAGUGUGUUUGGCAUCUUAUUCCGUCAGCUGGCAUAUAAACAUCCUCAUUUCAACUCUAUUUUCUACAUAGCUAGAGGCUGAGAGCGCUAAUUAGCUACGCUGAGAUGAGGUUAACUGAUGAAUGUUACUGCCAUUAAAUUCGAAGAUUCUAACUGUUAACAAACACUGUAGAUUAUUAUGACACUCUCAUUUGGUAAAGCUAUUUAAGGAAUAAUUCACCCAAAAAUGAAAAUUCUAAAUGCUUAACUGUAUGCUUUCUUUGAAUGGAAAAGAGCAGCAUGAAAAUUUUUCAAACAUCACCUUUUUUGUUUCAUUGAAGAAAGAAAGUCAUACAGGUUUGGACUGAGGCAAAUGAUGGUAGAAUUUUCAUUUUUGGGUGAAUUAUUCCUUGAACUGUUUAGUCAAUAUUUCUUCACGUUGUCUAUCAACACUCUUGGAAAUUUUAGUGAUUUGUUUUAAGUUUGAUUGAAUUAUGUGACUGAACGCCUCCUGAAUUACGCUUUGUAUAUGUAUCAAACACCAUAUUUUUCCGUUCAUGGGCUCCAUGAGGAUUAUGGUGCAGAUGUCAGUCUAAAGUUUUGCCAUGGAUAGGCAUUUGGUUUUGGCCUUAAUUAUUUUCUGUAGACCUAUGGAAUUGAUGUACAUAGAUAGACUUAAAUAUAUUCCAAGUUAUAUUGAAAAAAUAGAAACUUGAAACGUUUCAAAGCCUUUAAAUAGUGAGUAAAUGCCAUUUAAGUGUGUUAUAUACCUGCUUUAUUUGCAACCUCAGUCUCAAAUACCAAAAUGCCAAUCCAGAAUUUCCUUUUGAGACCUGAAAGAGGUUUUUGACUGAUUAUCUUAAUGUUUUUUUGUUUUUUUUUUCUCUGGAUGAAAGCCAUUUAUUGAGCUUUGGCUUGAGUAAAAUGAAGGUAUCUAUCACAUUCUGACACUCACACUUCACUUUCAGUGUUUCGAAGAAGUUCAGCUUAUAGAAAAGGUAGAUGUGAAUCAUUAUUUUCCAGAAUGUCAUUAAAUGUGCCACAUACCACAUUCCGCUCAUAAUUAUGGGAUGGUACAGGGUGAUAUUGUCCACCCUCUCACUGGUAAAUACUGAAAUUGUCCAUCAUCUUCAUGAAGAUGCCUUAUUUAAUUUAUAGACUGUAAACUCACCAUUUAAUCAACUGUAGUUUGUUGUCAUCUCUCUUUUGUACUGCUGGUGUUGAUGCUUGAGAGGUUACACUGUCGUAUAGUUGUGUUUUCUUUUCUUUCUUUUUUUAAUCUGACAACAUUCCCUGAAAUAUUAGUUGAGUGGGGAAUAUGCUCUGCCCAGUGUGUAGUGCAACAUUCAACCUAGAGAACCGUCAAUGAACAUGAAAUAAAGGAUAUAUAUUAUAAAAAAAAAAAAAAAACUAAAUUUUCACUUGGUUUAUUUUAAAACUGUUCACUUAGUUACUGCUGAAAUAUUUUGUUGUAAUCUAUGGAGGAAAUGCAGUAAUAAAUAUUUAUAUUUAUAUUUAUUACUGCAUUACCUUGGACACAGAGUCCAUUUCAAGCUCCUUCAUCUCAACCAAGGAGGCCGUUCCAAGCCCCCCUUAUUUGGGCCACAGAGCCAGUUCCAAGCUCCCUCAUUUGCGCCACAGAGCUCGUUCCAAGCUCCUUUAUCUGGGCCACAGAGCCAGUUCUAAGCUCCCUCAUCUCAGCCAAGGAGGCUGUUCCAAGCUCCCUUUCUCAGCCACAGAAGCCGUUCCAAGCUCCCUCACCUCGGCCAAGGAGGCUGUUCCAAGCUUCCUCAUCUCUGCCACAUAGCCAGUUCCAAGCUCCCACUUCUUGGCCAAGGAGGCUGUUUUAAGUUCCCUCAUAUCCACCAAGGAGCCUGUUCCAAGCUCCCUCAUCUCAGCCAAGGAGGCUGUUUCAAGCUUCCUUCUCCUUGGCCACAGAGGCUGUUCCAAGCUCCUUCAUCUCUGCCACAGAGCCUGUUCCAAGCUCCCUCAUCUCAGCCAAGGAGGCUGUUUCAAGCUCCCUCAUCUCAGCCAAGGAGGCUGUUUCAAGCUUCUUUCUCCUUGGCCACAGAGGCCGUUCCAAGCUGUCUCAUCUCGGCCACAGAGCCACUUCCAAGCUCCCUCUUCUUGGCCAAGGAGGCUGUUUUAAUUUCCCUCAUCUCGGCCACAGAGCCCGUUCCCAUGCUCCCUCACCUCAGUCAAGGUGGUCGUUUAUUGCCACCUUAAUCCAACCACCAUUGCCACCUCAAUCCAACAGGAACAUCUUUGAAUUUCUCCAGUCCCCAGUUCCCCUCUGGCAGCACCUCCCUGGCUACCUGCUCUGCCGGCACUUUUUACUCAAUCGACAUUCCAGACAUCAUAAUUUUCUCAGCCAGCAUUAUCAAGACCUUCUUCUCAGCCGGCCCUUAAUUAAUCACUCCCACUGCCGGCCUUCCAGAGUACCUCCUUGGGACCUCCUCCCUCCCAUUGCCUGCUCCACCCUGGCUCCCUACACUGUCGGCUCAGUCCUGGCUCCCAACUCCUCUGACUACACUCUGGCUUUGUGUCUCCAUUUACCCUUGACAGUCAGCACCUUUCAGGCCUGUAAAGAGAUUGUAGGUGUCAGGAGCCGCCUCCAGAGGAAGGUGGAGAAAUGAAACGUUUCCCCUGUCAAUCAGUUACCAUAGUUACCAAUCACCUGAUCCUCAUCAAUGCACUCAUAAGCACACACACAUUCAGUCAAUGUCUGGCCUACAACAAGAAUACAGAAUCCUUACCUGCUCUCCUCACCUUUGGAUCUCAUAAAACUUACCUUUGUAUGCCAGCAAUCUCCAUUGUUAUCUCCAGCGAUCUCCAGAUUGUGGUGAUACCUCCUUUAUUUACUCCCUGUGUGUAUGUGUGUUUGUGUGUGUGUUCUCGUCUCGUCUGCUCAUCUCUGGGUGUGUGGUUCUUCAACCUGUGAGAAAGUCGAGGGAUGGGUUAACUUCCAUUUGAACUGUUAUCCAGUAAUAUACUCACCUGCUUUCUUGCUUAUGCUGCUGUUGUCAAUAAAUACCUACAUUUGGGUUCUCACA